UGUGUUCGUUCUGCGUUGUUUUGGAAGCGUCCAAGUGCCGUGUACACGGCCUUGGGCGAUUUAGGUGUUGUUUGUCUCGUGAGAUCGCGGAGGACGUGCUCGAUUGGGAGCCAGGAGCGCAAACUGCAUUUUUUUGGUAGGGAAGUUGGUGGGCUGUGGUCCGCCUGAGGCCGGCGUCAGGCUCGCCAUCAGGAUGGGGGGCGCCGUCAGCACGGGCGAGGACAACGACGACCUGGUGGACAACCUGGUGGAGCACGCGUGCAUCACGUCGUGCCGCGUGGAGCGCGUCUUCCGCGCCGUCGACCGCGGACACUACUUCACUGACGAGUGCAGGGAGAGCGCUUAUAAGGACACGGCAUGGCGCAGCGACAACCUGCAUCUAUCAGCGCCGUGUAUCUACUCGUCGGUGAUGGAAAACCUGACACUGAAGCCCGGCCACAGCUUCCUCAACAUCGGCUCCGGCACCGGCUACGUCAGCACUAUGGUCGGGUUGAUGAUCGGCAGCCAGGGCGUCAACCACGGCGUCGAGCUGUUCCAGGACGUGAUCGACUACGCCCGACAGCGGCUGGACGAGUUCAGUCGGCACUCGUCGGCCAUCGACCAGUUCGACUUCUGUCCGCCGCAGUUUGUGUGCGGCAACGGCCUGCUGAUCGGCGUCGGCCGGCAGUAUGACCGGGUGUACUGCGGCGCCCGCUGCCCCACCUCCGAGCUGCCCUACCUCAAACAGCUGCUCAAGGUGGGCGGCGUGCUGGUGGUGCCCAUCGUGGACCACCUGAAGCGGAUCGAGCGUCUCGCCGAGGACCGCUGGGACGUGCAGAACAAGCUGUCCGUCUCGUUCGCGCCGCUUAUUGAGCCUCGCGUCAGUGACACAAGACCGAGCUGGCGAUGCCUGCCGUGAUACCCGGCUCGCUGCAGCAGCUGUGCCGCACCAGCAUCCGCGAACUGCUGCGUCAGACCCUGCUGGCCGAGCGGCCCGACCUGGUGACCAGCUGUCGGCAGCGGCCGGUGCGGCGCCGCCGCCCUCCCG